AUGCCGUUCAAAGAAACGUUCGAUCCAACCGACAACAUCAAGGCAAUUCUGGAUGCGUAUCCAUUCUCUAUAGGACUUUUUAGAGAAAUAUUGCAGAAUUCCGAUGAUGCUCAAGCUACUAAACAGACGUUUCUGCUAGACUAUCGCACUCAUUCACACGACGGCAUGAAGAUUAAUCAUCCGAGACUUGCAGAAAUACAAGGCCCGGCUUUAUUGGCGUAUAACGAUAGUGAAUUUCAAGAGCAGGACUGGGGUGCUCUUCAGACCGUUCAUUCGUCUUCAAAACGCGAUGACCCAUCAAAAAUCGGAAAGUAUGGAAUUGGUUUCCGGUCUUGCUACCACAUCACGGAUUAUCCCCAAAUCAUAUCUGGCAAUACUCUUGCAAUCUUCGACCCUCAACACAAUAUUUUCCAAGACGGUGGCAUGGAUGUCGCUCUAGACGACUGCGGCUACGGUGAUGUGAUUUCCGCUUUUGGUGGUAUUCUGGGUCCGUCCCACGUUGGUCCUUUUGAAGGAACCGUCUUUCGAUUUCCCUUACGCACCGAAGAUGGAGGCAGGAUCAGCUCCAAGGUAGUCACAGCCGGUGAAACGGAGAGCCUCCUCAAGGCUUUUGCAAAAGAAGAGCUGGAUAUUGCCGAAUAG